UCCAACGGAACAACUCAUCUGCCCCUCCGAUUCUCCUCCUCGCUCUAGCUCUCUUCUCUGCCAAUAACUCCAUUCGCUAUCCUCCCUGUCCCAGAAGUCUGAAACGCCGGUGGCUAAAAAUGGAAAGAAAAAUGAGCCAAAUCUCUCUUGUCUCUGAACCCAGCAAAAUAUAUUUUCUGCAAGUAUUCUGGGAAAAAGAACUGAGUACUGGGUUUACCGUAUCGCUUACUGAUGGUCUGUCAGUGUGGACUGGAAAAGUGUCUGAAGUGGAUAUUUCCAGAGAAGCUGAGGACAUGGCAAUGGAAAAGGAGAAGUACAUGGACGAACUGAGAAAAGCGCUGGUUCAGGAAGAAGGUUCAGCUGACACGUACAACUUCGACUUUUGUAAAGAGAGUGGUCAUUUCUUCUAUGAGAAGAGCCUGAGGGACGUUUCGUUUCAGCUUGGAUCAGUAGAGCUACAGGAAGUCUCAAGCCCAGAUGAAGCCAUCAGGGAACUGAUUGGGCACUGCUUUGAUUGCAUUACAAAACAACGGGCCAAAAACAAACACCUGCAGAAAGAGAACGAAAGACUCUUAAGUGACUGGAACAAAAUUCAAGAACAGUUGGAAAAAUAUGUGAAUGCCAAAGAAGUGCUAGAGGCCGAUCUGUAUAAUCGAUUUGUUCUGGUGCUGAAUGAAAAGAAAGCCAAAAUUAGAAGCCUACAGAAAUUGAUAAAUGAAGGCCAAGCACCUGAAAAGGACACCCAGAGUGAAAGGGACAUGGCGCCCAAAGUCCAAAAUAGCCCUGAAAGAGAUGGUGUCUAUGAUGAAACUACGGAUGAGGAAAGUGAAAAUAAGAGUGAGCCCUCUGCAGUGGGUCCAGCCACUUCAAGCAGAAAGGAUUCCAUUGUUCUAAGUCCAGAUGUCCCAGACAUUGCACCAAGUAGAAAGAGGAGAUAUCGCAUGCAAAAAAAUGUUGGAACAGAACCUAAGGUGUCUUCUCAAGAACCUCAGCCACAAGAAAAGAAAAAACUGGAUCCUUCAGUGCAUCAGAUAUCAGGCUCAGAGUCCUUCCCAACAGAAAAUUUAUAUUUGGAAACCUUAAAGAACAGUAGUUCAGAAGAUCUCUUCGAUGAUGUUUAAAGGCUUCAGAAAAGUGAAAAAUAAAAGCCUAAAGUUCCAAGACAACAUUAGGUAUUACACCUACCUUAACUUAUUCUUAAAUUAUAUUGGGAAAAAUAAUUUUGGGGAGUAAAUAUGUUGAUUACCUACAGUCAUUCAUGCAGAACUGUUCAAUGUCCAGUAUGUAUAUCAUUACACCAGAAUUCUAAGUAUCUUUGAAUCUAGUUGCCAUUUAUUGAUAAACAGGUUGGAAAAGUUCACUUUAGAAAUAAUAACAUAGAACACAUUUUAGUUUCUACAUAUUCCUUUAAGACAUAAAAGUGAGUGUGAUGUGAAUUAAUCUUUGGCUUUGUAUGGUGAGAUGUUUAAAUUGCGACUAAAAGGCGGGGGGGGGGGGGCGAUUAUAUUGGUCUAUUUUUCAUAUGAACAGACUUGUUAUGCUCUUAAAAAAUAAAUUCGUUAAAAGUCCAAAA